AUGAUUGGAACUGUUGGUGCCCCCCUGACAACUAUUGAAGCGCGGCUUGAGUCGGUCCCAGAACUGGGAUAUGAUGCACUUUCUAGUGUGCCAUGUGGAGAGAUUUUCCUAGGAGGAAAAACCUUGUUUUCUGGUUACCACAAGCGACAAGAUCUAACUGAAGAAGUCCUUAUUGAUGGGUGGUUCCGUACAGGUGAUAUAGGAGGAUGGCAGCCUAAUGGAGCAAUGAAAGUUACAGACAGGAAAAUGGAAGUAUUUAAACUGUCUCAAGGUGAAUAUGUUGCUAUGGAAAGCAUUGAAAGCAAAUACUUGCAAUGGCCCCUUAUCACAUCGAAGUUACAGCUGGAUAUCUUUACAUCUUACCUUUCAUCUGGUCGGCAGUUAUGGGUUUAUGGGAACGGCUUUGAGUCAUUUCUUGUUGCUGUGGUUGUUCCUGGCAGAAAGGCCUUGGAGGACUGGGCAGCUGAGCAUCAUUUAACUGAUGAUUACAAAUCAUUGUGUCAAAACCUGAAAGCAAGAAAUUACAUUUUGGAUGAGCUCAAUAUUACGGGUCAGAAACAGCAAAUUUGGGUUUCCGGGAACAACUUUGAGUCGUUUCUUGCUGCUGUGGUGACUUUGGUGGACAGGACAGAUUCUGGGGAAAAUCACUAUGACACGGAGAGUGAUCUCUCAGAACUCUCAAAUGAGAGAGCAGUCAUGAUUAUGAAAGAUGAUGAUGAUGAUGACCUUGAAAGUGGAAAACCAAUUGCAUUCACUUUAGAGAAUAAUCUCAAAGUUAUUUCCUAG